AUGGGACAUAAGGAGCAUGGAGGGACUUGGCACAUGGAAGCAGCUCAACUGGAUACGCAAAGGAAGAAGGGAGAAGCCAUCUUGAAGACCAGCUCGACCGUCCACUCGACCAACCGGUCGAGUUCCUCAACUCGAUCGAUCGAGCUGGGGAAGUCAAAAGGGGAAUGGAAACCCUUUGGGCAUGGACUCGGUCGAGCUAGGCAAACUCGACCGAUUGGUCAAGGAGAUGCUCCAAACCGCCACCAACAGAGACAAGGGAUUGUUCCACCACCAGUGCAGAACCACAACUUUGAGAUCAAGCUGGGAAUGAUCAACCUUGUCCAGAACAAGAUGUUCCAUGGAUUGCCAAGUGAAGACCCCAUUGACCACCUUGAUGAGUUUGAUAGGCUUUGUGAUUUGACAAAGAUCAAUGGUGUCUCUGAAGAUGCCAUCAAGCUGAGACUCUUUCCUAUGUCUCUAGCUGACAAAGCUCACCAAUGGGAGAAGAGCUUGCCCCAUGGCACAAUCACCACUUGGGAUGAAUGCAAGAAGGCCUUUCUUGCUAAGUUUUUCUCCACCGGUCGCACAGCCAAGCUUAGAGGAGAGAUAUCCAGCUUCAUCCAGCGAAACAAUGAGACAUUCGCAGAGGCUUGGGAGAGGUAUAGGGAGAUGCUAGACACAGCUAGCAAUGGGAACUUCCUCAACCAGGAUGUAGAUGAUGGCUGGCAACUUGUGGAGAACAUAGCUAACUCAAAUGGAAGCUAUGGAGAAGAGUAUGAUCGCACCAACCGGAGCUCGACCCACCACUCGAUCGAGUCAGACGAAAAGUUGAGAAAAGAUGUUAAGGCAUUGAAUGAGAAGUUGGAUAAGCUGAUCCUAGCUCAGUCCACAAUGAAGAAAGUCAACUUUGUGUCUGCUGAGGAGAUGGAACCAGUCCAAGAAGGGGAGGAUACACAAUUUGCUGAGGUGUGCUACAUGAGCAAUGGGCAAGGAGGUUACAACAAAGGAUACUAUAAUUACAAGUCCAACCCUGCCAUGUCAUACCGCAACACUGAUGUUGCUAACCCUCAGGACCAAGUAUAUCCUCAACAACAAGCAGCUCGAUCGAGUCAGGUGCCACAACAUGGGUAUGGUCAAAAGAACAAUUACCAAGGACCACAAGGCACUUUCCCUGGACAACAAAUGAAUAUCCCACCAGGCUUCCCCCACCAACCGCCCCAGCCUGCACCUUCACAAGAGAAUGAGCUCAAGGCAAUGCUAAAGCAACUACUUCAAGGGCAAGCUGAUGGGGUAGUGGACACAAGCAAGAAGCUAGCUGAAAUAAACUCUAAGAUCGAGAACCUCAACACAAGGGUUUACUCUCUGGAGAAUCAUGCUUCUUCUGUUGCUGCUGCUACAAAGCAAGGACAACUACCUGGUAAAGCUAUUCAGAACCCCAAGGAACAGUGCAAGGUCAUCUUCACUCAAGAAGGACUUGUUGAAGAAGAGGAUCAAGAAAGGGUCAUUGAAGAUUUUUGUUUACUGCUGAAUGAUGAAGAGAUUGUUGCUGCUGAGGCUCCUGGAGUCCAGAUUGAUCAACCAGAAGUGCAUGCACCUACUGUGGCCAUUCACACUUCACCAGUUGAGCUCGCACGACAAGCUCGAUCGGCAGCUCGAUCGAGUCCAACUCUAGCUCGAUCGAGUCCGACCUCUUCUGUCCGACAGCCUGUUUUGCUUGAUCCUUAUCAACCGGUUGCCGCUUCCUCGUCUCGCCUACUUAGUCAAGGUCACAAGGAAGUGAUUCACAAGUUCAGAAGAGAUCUCAGUGGGAUUGGAAUUGAGUUGCCUCCUAUGGAUAGCAUGAGUGAGGCAUUUGAUCAAAUGCAAAUGGUCAAGGAUGUUCUAGCCAACAGUGAUAAAGUUUCAGAGGUCCUACAAGAGUCUACUCAUCAGUUCAACCUGCUUACUUCACCCACCUUCCUACCAAAGGUCAAGGAUCAAGGGAAAUUCACUCUCCCUUGCACACUUGGGCAUCUUGAGAUUGACAAUGCCUUAGUGGAUUCUGGAGCAAGCAUCAAUCUGAUCUCUCUCUCCAUGGCAGAGAAGCUAGGCAUUGCUGGAGCCUUGCAGCGCCCUACUACUUCAAUCAUGUUUGGAGAUGCAACUUCUAAGUCUCCUCUUGGAGUGUUCAAGAACUAUCACUUGAAAAUUGGAGAAUGCAUCAUCCAAACUGAUCUCACUGUGAUGGAAAUGGAAGAAGAGAAGGAUUUGCCUCUGUUAUUGGGAACCCCUUUCCUUAGUACAGUUGGCGCUUCAAUAGACUUUCACAAGCAAGAAGUGAUCCUUCACAAGGUGAAUAGUUUGGUGUCAUAUCGCUUGCAGCCUAGAGGUUCAGACUUUUGUGCCACAAUUGACAGUACCAAUCUCAGUUCUAAGAGUCAUGGAGCUACAAAGGUUGUGAAGGAAAGGGUUGACAAGGAACCAAGAGUUGGGAAGGAUAAGGAUGAGAGAGGACCAAGGAUUGAGAAGCCACGUCUUGAGAGGGCUGAUGUCUUUUGGAGCAUUCUGGAGCAUAUGGGACAUAAGGAGCAUGGAGGGACUUGGCACAUGGAAGCAGCUCAACUGGACACGCAAAGGAAGAAGGGAGAAGCCAUCUUGAAGACCAGCUCGACCCUACUCGACCAACCGGUCGAGUUCCUCAACUCGACCGGCCAAGCUUCAACUCGAUCGAGCUGGGGAGUCAAAGUCAAACCCGAAAAAUGUUGCUUCCCCCUUGACUUCCCUUUGACCCUAAACCUAAUCCUCUUGUAUUUAAAGGCUCUAAGCCACGAAAAAACCACCAAGCUUUAG